AUGCCUUCACGCGGCAACUGCGCUCGCCUGUCCCGCGCGGCCCUCCCCGGGCCCGUCCCCUCCCCCCCCGCCCCCAGUUGGCCGCGGCGCUCGGCGGCCCCGCGCCACCCCCUCUGCCCGCCCCCCCGCGCCGACCCGCCCGAGCCCGACUUCGCCGAGCGCCUGUUCGGGUCGAUCUUCGGGCAGAAGUCGCUCGCCGACCGGGAGCCCUUCGGGCUGAAGCGCCUGACCGCGGAGGGCACGCCCGAGCUGUACCCGGCGGUCACGGACGAGUGGGCGGACGCGGUGGACGGGGACGGGCCGGACGUGGCGGUGAUCCGGCCCAUGCUGGCGCGCACGCAGCUCGAGAAGAAGGCGCUCAGGUGUGCAUAUGAUGCCAAUCGGGAUGGAUGGACUGCAUCUGCUUUCCAUGAUCGGCUGAAUACCUUUGGCGCGGCUGUGGUGGUGGCGACGACAGAGGGUGGAUCUGUGAUCGGCGGAUACAACCCAAGCGGAUGGAUCGGCAUUGGCGAAAACCGUGACUCGAUUGCAGCAUUCCUGUUCACAUUCCCUGACGGGGACACCACCAAGAGGCCCAUCAAACUUCCAAAAGUGGGGGGAGCGGCUUUGGCUGUCAUCGACAAGCCCUCCUACGGGAUUCAAUUCGGGGCUGAAGGAUUGAAGAUCCCUCUGAACGGCGUCGAGCGUAUUGCCAAGUGCAGAUUGGGGACGUACUAUGCCCGGACGCCUGACGGGGGCCGCACGCUGUUCUCCGGAUCCGAAGCCUCUGAAAAGGAGGCUGUUCUGACCGACCUCAAGGUGUUUGUGGCGGAGGGUGAGGGUGAGGAGUGGGAGCUCGAUGGGAUCACGUGGAAGACGAACUGGAAGGGUUGA